AAAGGAAUCUAAAAGCACUAACACAACCGUUUAUGUUGAUCCUGAUGAAAUGAGGCAGGGCUUCACGUCUCAUGGUUGCAACCUUUUUCAUGACGUGGAACCAGUUGUUUUGGUUCCCCCCUCUGCCCAAUCGGAGGCACUCCUCUCACCUUCUACCGAAGCCGAAAUGGAUCCAUCCAGGCAGCGGCUCCGUCCCCCAGCGCGGACCAGAACGCCCUUCGUAGGGGGCUCCGCGGUGCCUGCUGCUGCGUGCCGCUGCUGCUGCUGCCGCUGCCGCUGUGCACGGCAGCACUGACAUGGAAACCUCCCUACAGCUGCACAACGAUUGCUUUCCGGCGCAGCAGUUCCAGCAUUGCAAGUACCAGCACUACUGCGGGCGGGAGGAUCGCCGCGGCCAGCAGCACGACCAAUCCCGCACCUGCAGCAGCUGCACCUGCGAUGCCAGAAAAAGCCUCGUCUUCCGCGGGACGUCGCCGCCGACCACUGUGGGAACUUUGAGGACGCCCUCGGAAACGUCUUCGAGGCACGGCUGUCAGUACAGCGUCUGCGAGUUCACCCCUUCCAGUCAUGGUAGUUCAUCCAGGCAUCAUCCUCCUCCUCAUCAUCAUCCGCACCAUCAUCAGCAGCAGCAGCAGCAGGAGCAGGAGCAGGAGCAGCAUUGCCGCGACCGGCAGCGGGGCAGCCUGGGCAGCAGCCACAGAGACAGUAACUCCUACAAUGAAAUAGCCAUGAGCAGCUGCAGAUACAACGGCGGCGUGAUGCGGCCGCUGAGCAACUUGAGCUCGUCCCGCAGAAACAUACACGAGUUUGAUUCCGAGUCCCAGCCUCUGCAGCCCAUCUCCGCCGCAGACGCGUCGGACAAUUUAGGAUCCAAGCCGGAGAACAAUUCCACCACCCUGAUGCCUUACGCAUCGGGAGACGGAGGGGGAGGCUGCGGCCACAGCAGCGGCAAGUCGGGGAAAAAGAAGAACCAGAACAUUGGGGAAAAGCUGGGGCACAGGAGGGCCCUGUUUGAGAAAAGAAAGCGGCUCAGCGACUAUGCUUUAAUUUUUGGGAUGUUUGGAAUCGUUGUUAUGGUUAUAGAGACUGAACUCUCGUGGGGAGCCUACGGAAAGGAAUCCCUGUAUUCAUUAGCUCUAAAAUGCCUCAUAAGCCUUUCUACAAUCAUUCUCCUGGGGCUGAUUAUCAUUUACCAUGCAAGAGAGAUACAGCUAUUCAUGGUGGACAAUGCAGCCGAUGACUGGAGGAUAGCCAUGACGUACGAGCGCAUCUUCUUCAUCUGCCUGGAGAUCCUGGUGUGCGCCAUACACCCCAUCCCAGGGAACUACACCUUCACCUGGACGGCACGCUUGGCCUACUCCUACGUUCCGUCCAAGACGGACGCGGAUGUGGACAUCAUCCUGUCCAUCCCCAUGUUCCUGCGGCUGUACCUCAUCGCUCGAGUCAUGCUGCUGCACAGCAAGCUCUUCACCGACGCCUCCUCCCGCAGCAUCGGCGCACUCAACAAGAUUAACUUUAACACUCGCUUUGUGAUGAAGACCCUCAUGACCAUCUGUCCCGGCACUGUGCUCCUGGUCUUCACCAUCUCUCUGUGGAUCAUCGCUGCGUGGACAGUGAGAGCUUGCGAGAGGUAUCACGACAACCAGGACAUAACCAGCAACUUUCUUGGAGCCAUGUGGUUGAUCUCAAUCACGUUUCUAACCAUUGGAUAUGGGGAUAUGGUCCCACACACAUACUGUGGAAAAGGAGUCUGCCUCCUGACUGGCAUCAUGGGUGCUGGCUGCACUGCCUUGGUGGUCGCUGUGGUGGCGAAGAAAUUGGAGUUAACCAAAGCUGAAAAACAUGUCCACAAUUUUAUGAUGGACACCCAGUUAACAAAAAGAGUGAAAAACACAGCUGCGAAUGUUCUCAGGGAGACGUGGCUCAUCUACAAGAACACCAAACUGGUGAGGAAGAUGGACCAUGCUAGAGUCAGGAAGCACCAGAGAAAAUUUCUCCAAGCCAUUCACCAAUUGAGAAGUGUUAAAAUGGAGCAACGCAAGCUGAAUGACCAAGCAAACUCACUAGUGGACCUUGCUAAGACUCAGAACGUCAUGUACGACAUGGUAUCAGACUUAAAUGAGAGAGGCGAGGACAUGGAGAAGAGGAUUGCCCUGCUGGAGACAAAGCUGGAGACUCUACUGAGCAACUUGCAAGCUCUGCCUGGACUCAUCAGCCAGGUCAUCAGCCAGCAGCACAGGGACUUCCUGGAAGUGCAGCUCCAACCUUACGACAAACACAGCCCUGAACGCUCACAGUCAGUGUCACGGAGGAGGUCGUCCUCCACAGCACCGCCCACCUCCUCAGAGAGUAGCUAGAGUCCAAGGGAAUGCCUCCGCCGAAGACUUUUGCCAUCAUAUGGCCAAGUUGCAUUUAUCGUAAAGCCUUAUGGUUUCAAUAAGUAUUAUCCAAAUUCUGAUGACAGAAUCCAGGUUACUGGGGACAAUGCAUUUUAAUGGAUAACUUCAUUCUGUUCUUGUUUUUUAUUACCUCAAAAGAUGAAGUUAUCCUUGCUCUGGUGACAUGACCACAAAUAAUGGCGCUUCCCUCAGUGAAAACUAAAAGGCCUAUCAAUGAGGCUGUGAUAAGAACACUUCUUCAUCUCUAUGCAGAGGUAGCCAGUAGUAGGUGGCGAGGUUACCAGGUGUGAAACUAUUGCACUAAAAUAGUGCUUCCCACAGACUUUGUGCUUCUGCUGGCUUGGUUCAGUUGCCGUGUUCCUCAAAGCAAACUGAGAAACCACCAAGAAAUCAGUCAGGCAGCAUGUCGGUGAUAUUGAGGAAAAGUGCUGUGUUUGAUGGCCUGAAAGAAGUGUCAGCAAAAGGCAGAUGAAAAUCGAUCCAACCCACUGUCACUCAGAGAUAACAUAAACAGCUUGAAGUGAGGAAAAGAAAACAUAUAUCUUUUAGGUUAGAAACAGCAUCAACUCUAGUGGUUUUCUUUUGCAGAGUGCCCCCAUAGAAUGACUAUUUUUGGGGGCGACACUGCAAAUAAUUAUCUCCUCAAGUCAAUCUGAAUGCAUCGAAACCUGUACUUGCACUUCCUUUUGAAUCAAUGCACUUCAAUGCUGACUGACAUAUGAUAUAAAGAUGCAUUACUCAUUAAAAGAAAAACAUGUGAGUUGUUUGGGCAUGGGUUUAUUAUUGUCAAUUUUUAAGUUGUGAUUAGUGUUAAAAACUCAAGUCAAAGUCCCUUUUUCUUUUUCUCACAAAGCCGCAUUCAUAUAGACUUUGUAUAGGUCUAUGAAAUGCACUGAAUGAUCAUAAAUUCAGUAAAUACCCUAGUAUCUUGCUGUGGCUCACCCUCUCUUGUGCUAUAUAUGCUUGCUGUCCAAUCAGCUGGGCAACAACAAAUGCUGAACAACAACUGUAAACCAUAUCUACCUUUUGAAACUGAAAAGAAAAUGCCUAUUUUUAUAUAUUUUCAUGAGGAUAAGCACACCUCUUACAAGUAAACAAACAACAGCAAUGAACUAUUCAGAGAAAGAUUCAGCAAAUCUGGCAUAUAAUUCAAGAUGUACUAGACUGAAGUUAAGAUACACAAAGUUGUUCAUGAGCUUCUUUCAUGAUUUUUAGUCAUUUGAAAACUCGUACCCCUAGGCAUUAACAUUAACUGUAUGACCAAAGUUGUUAAUGCGACCUGUUCAAGGUUCACAGCGCAUGGCAUUGGUCAGAGAAGAUUUUGUAGUUUCCCAUCAAACCAGCGGCUCAGAUCUUGUUCAGCCAGGUCAUCUAAUAAAAUAUAAGUCAACCAGAUGGUAAACAAAAUUGCAGAUAUACGUCAAUCUUAGCGAAAUAGAAACCAAUGAGGGAAUAUAAUGUAUGCGACUUUAUUGAUAAACAAUAAAAAUUAUACAAUUAGACAGUUAUGUGUUCUUUUUCAUUCUGUGACAUGUUGUAUGGAAAAGGUAAAAAAAAUGGGUGUAUGCAUACUAUGCAACACAGGUGACAACGGUCUAAAUUCCUUUCAGAUUUCAAAGAACCGUCAUUUUACAUCGGUAAUGCACGAUUAUAGAAAAUGGUGUGUAUUGUCAGGGUAAAAUGUGAUCUGAGCAGUAAUUUCCAGACAUUUGUUUGCUCUUUUAAUUUCCAUAGAAAGUAUACAAUAUAAUUAUUGUACCAAAAUGGCAAUAAGCUGACCAUUAGCCAUGGCCCCUGGGUCAAGGCAAGUGACAGAGGUAGCUGUGCAAGGGGCAUUGAUAUAAGUGAGACAAAACCUUUACAGUUAGAAUAAAAUACCAUGCAAAAAUUAAGUGUGUCCUAUGUUAUUAUACAAUUACUAAAAGUACUAUGCAACAUUGCAACGGUUCUGUACUACUACUGUGUUUAAGAAAAGGUUUUGUCAAAAAUAGUUGUCAUGAUGCAUGAAAAUGUCACAGCAUUAAAAUAAUUAAAGCCUCAAUUUAUAAGC